AACAGCUUCGCUCCAAGUUCUAGCUUCGUUUCAUAUCUAUUCAGUGCCGUUAUUUUGCUUCCGAAUUCGAUGGCUUGUGUAAGAUGCCUGGAAAAUGUUCCGAACUCUUGAAACUGUUGCUUCUUCUGUCUAUACAUUGCUGCCGCUUUUCACUGGGCCCCAAAUUUUAAGCUCUAUGCUGUGUGUCAUGAAGGGAUCGUCUCUGCAUGGCAAUCGGUGGGACGUGACACGAAGGCUGAGUGUGUUUCGGUGACAGAGCGAGUCCGUUCUUCCAAGAGAGACACGUCCUCCCCCUUGCCACCGUCAUGUAUUUUCCGAUCCGGUGGCCUCAAGUGCUCAACAUUGACAGGGAUGCCAGUUCGACGUUGACAUGGAUCGCGUCGGACUACAACAGGACGCUGUUUGCUGUUCUCACCGAGAACAGCAUUGGCAUUUGGCUUGAGAAGCUCUGUGUCCAGAUUGCAUCUCAUGUUCGGACGAGCGAGUCACUCAGCAAGCAUGGCAGCAACUCACGGCUGGUUUGGAAGCGGGACUCCUCCAUGCUGGCCGUCCUUACAUUCAAAGGCCAUCUACUCAUGUACCAAGUCGUCACUGAGGAAUCUCAACCACCACUGUUCGAACAAAUUGACAGCAACCAAGCCAACCUCAAGAGGGAGAGUGCAGAGCUCUUUGUCAAAGACCGUGUGCUGCCUAUUAAAUUGAUACCCACAUCUCAUCUUUCAACCUCAGCUGAUGUCGCUGGUGUGCUCAACUUUGGUGCUGAAGAGCUCCUACUGUGCUGUGGCAGUGGUCUGAUGCUGCGCGUUGGAUGGGAUGCUGCAUUGCAUCAGGAGCUCACCCUCGAUCUUCGCGAUGUGCCAUUCCACAGUGGAGCGCCCUCUGCACCUAGACCAAGCCCACACAGGGGCUCUUUGGAGGUGCGAGAUGUGCAGUACCUGCCGCUGCUUGGUGGACUGGCUAUUGUUUUCCGGAAUGGCCGUGCUGCAGUUGUCCUGAGCUCCAGCCCUGAAUUUGAGUCCAAGGAUGCGCAUGCUGUUUGGAUACCUGAUGUCACUGAAGCUACGGUGACUGCUGUGAAUCAUCGCUACAGGCUGGUCGCCAUUGGACUUGCCACUGGUCAAGGUGCCGUGUUCUACCUGGACGAAGCCAGUGGCCAGUUUGUGGCUUCACACCGACUUUGCUUGUCACCUAAAGAUUUCCCAGAGUCGGGGGCGGGGGCUGUGUCGCAACUGCAGUGGACCCCUGAUGGCUGCGCACUGGUCUUGGCUUGGGCCCGUGGUGGCUUCUCCCUGUGGAGUGUCUUUGGCUCCCUCCUUGCAUGCUCCCUCAACUGGGAUGGUGGGCCACCUGCCUGCAUCCAUGCUCUGGAAUGGGGCGUUGAAGGAUACCAGCUAUGGAUGGUGGCUUCCCCAAGUGACCACCCUGAGCAGCGCAACGUCAUGCUAAUGAACUUUGUCAAGAGUGCCUCCACUGUGAACCCUGGAACUUGUGGUGGUGCUCGGCAAGUUCUACUGCAAGGCUCCGAUCGAGUGUUGGUCAGUUCGGAAUCCGACUUGGCUGAUCGUGACACACCAUGGCCUCAGGAUGGGUGCAGAGGAAACAAGCACUGGACAGUGGAGCUGGUUCCACAUACGUACUUGGCAGCCAACUGGCCGAUCCGGUAUUCUGCAAUAGAUGCUGGCUGCCACCAUGUCGCAGUGGCUGGCCGAGGAGGUUUUGCCCAUUGCUCACUAGCACACAACAAAUGGAAGUUCUUCGGCAAUGAAACCCAGGAGCAAGACUUUGUGGUGACUGGUGGCAUUCUCUGGUGGGAGUCACUCGUCGUGCUUGGCUGCAUCAACCUCCGCGACGGCUCUGAUGAGGUGCGCCUGUACCCGCGAUCCUCGAAACUGGACGACAUCUUCGUGCGAGUUCUACGUGUGGACGCUCAGGUGCUGCAGCUUGCACUCUCCGAAGACCGUCUGCUCGUGUUUGCCUCCAACAGCCGCCUCGCACUCCAUCGCAUCAGCCACAGUGGCCUGGAGCGCUUGCAAGAGCUGGACCUGUCUGCCCUUGUGCCACACCCACUGUGUGUGGUGUCUGCCACCCUGGUGCAGCUGGGUGGGACACGUGGAGGCCCCUCAUCCAAGCUAGCCGUGCUGCUUAAUGUGGCUGGGCGGCUGGUGCUGCUACAGCAGGACCCUGCCUCGGCCCCGCCCCCACUAGCUCCACCCCGGGGGGCAGCACCGCCACUACUGCGCCAGUGGAGUGCCCCCACGGUGCUCGCCUUUUGCGUCGAGAGGGUCUGGGUGGCUGAGAGCUGCCCUGAAUCUCGAAUGCCACACCUGACUCAAGCACUGUGGAUUGCGUGUGGCGUCCAUGGCAUGCAGGUAUGGCUGCCACUGUUCCUGCCAGGUGACACCGCUGGUGCUAAGCAUGCCUUCAUGGCCAAGCGUAUCAUGUUGCCUAUCGCCGUCCAUAUCUACCCCCUCGCCGUGCUCUUUGAGGAGGCUGUGGUUCUGGGUGCAGAAAGUGACACAGCACUCUGCGGCACUGAUCCAUUCCCCCUUUGCGUUGUCUCCAAGUCAAGUCAAGUCUACUUGCACCUGAUUCUGCGCCAACUACUUUGUCGCAACCUGGGCUACCAUGCAUGGGAGAUAGCACGCAGCUGUACUGAGCUCCCCUACUUCCACCACUCGCUGGAGUUGCUGCUGCAUGAGGUGCUUGAAGAAGAGGCCAUGUCGUCCGAGCCCAUUCCAGAUGCGCUGCUUCCACGGGUGAUUGACUUCAUCCGUGAGUUCCCAGUGUUCCUCCAGACGGUAGUGCAGUGUGCCCGCAAAACUGAGCUGGCCCUGUGGCCUCACUUGUUUGCAUCCGUGGGGAAUCCCAAGGACCUAUUCCAGGAGUGCCUGCUGCAAGGACAGCUGGACACAGCUGCAUCCUAUUUACUGGUCCUGCAGAACUUGGAAGUGCCGCUCGUUAGCCGUCAGCAUGCUACUUUGUUGCUGGGAGCUGCUCUCGAUGGUGCCCAUUGGACCCUGGCACGCGACUUGGUGCGCUUCUUGCGCGCCAUCAACCCUGAAGCAGACUGCUCACCUCCGCGACCCUCGGCUGGUCCUUCAACAGAUGAGGACACAGUGAAUCAAGUGUUCAUGGAAGUCAUUCUGACACGGCAUGCCCGCAAGCUGCUGGGAGCAGGACAGUUGCGCAAACUUGGUUCAUUUGCAGCACACCUUGACUUCCCACUCCAGAGCUUCCUUGAGAAGGAACGACUGCGGGCCGCGAAGGUGGAAGACUUUGUCGCAGCACUCAAGGCAGUCCAUGCAGAUUUUGAGUGGCCAAUGCCAGUCAGUCCCGUCACGGUAGCAGCUGGAGCCACCCAAGUUGGUGGGGCAGGGGAUGACGAAGCCGCAUCGCCUACUUCCAUGGGACAACAGCUUCGCAAUGGAGGCACGGAAGGGGGUGUGACGCGUGGCUCGCCAGCCGAUUCAGAGAGCACCUCAGAAGAAAGCUGGUGGCUAGAGGAGGAGGAGGCGGGACUGCACGCGGCCAGCGCCGCCGAGCUCCGAGGUUCACCGCAAGUGGAGGCCCAGGCCAGGCACCUGCUACACAUACUGGGACAGGCUCGGUGCUGUGACUGGGCUCUACCCCUGGCUCUGAUGCUUGGCGACACCCUGGUAGCGCCUCUGGUGGCAACUCCGGAUGCACUGGACAAGCUGGUGCAGUGGGCAUUGGCUGAAUGCCCUGGUUAUCUGGGACUGCUCCGUCAAGUUCAAGGUCGUGGCUCGGACACACCUUCCUCCAACGGGGUGGUUCAACGCAGCAGCCCCAUGGAGGCUCGCAGGAUGGCUGCUGCCACCACUGUUGUCACUGAGGGAUCAGAAGAAGGCUGCCGUGUGUCGUAAUGCACCUGACAACAGCUAGGUGCAAUGCCGAGGCUACAGCUCCUGUUCGAGGGGCAUGCCACGGCGAGAUGGCCAAGUAUCGUUUCAGGCGUGGUGCAGGCGGUGUGCGACAAAUCGUCCGCAGCCCGUGUGUGAAGAUGUCAAGCAACUCCACUCUGCAGCGACAGCUGACAAAGUUUAAGCUCUCUGCUCUGCGUUCAUGAAGACGUGGCAAGCAGAGGCGUUUCUAACCAAGCAAGAGGCUAGGCAGGCUUAAGUGCUCCAUUCAAGAGAGAAGAGUCAUAACUCUUGUACUUAUUGCGACCUACUGCCUGCAGACACGCAAGGAGAAAGGAGCUGCUUUGGGCUGCUUGACAGUUCUUGAGCCUUCUUGCACAGGAAUGCGAGUAGUACUGCUACUACUACUACACCCCAGGCAUGCAAAGAGCAAGGGUGACACAUGCCAUCUUACAUGAUGCAGCGCUCAGGAACAGUCGGCUAGAAAUUGCACUGCAUAGGACUUGCGCUCGUACUAGCACCUUACAUUUGAACAAAUGUCUCUAUGCAGAGUGGCUGAAUUUUGAUAAUGCCAUCGUCCAUCAAAGUCCACCUCACACAUUGUGGUGAAACCAGCCACUGUGUGAACGCAAUGAACUCUCAAACGUAUCUUCAAGAAAAUUCAAAACGCAGGCUAUUUUUGCUUUUCACCCAUGCAGUGCUGGCAUGUGUUUGCCACCGUUGACCAGCUUGUCUUCUUCCUAGACAAGUCGCUUUGGCAAGUCCAGCGUAUGGACCUGUCAGUUUUUGCUGGCAGGCAUCACUGCACGAGCAGGCCCAGUGAACCCAGAGCAUAUGGACCGCCACUAUCUUGGCUUUCUGGUACAGGUUACGUCUGUUUGCACGCAACAAACCUGCACUAUGACCUCAUUCAGCUAUGCCUCACUAAGACUGCAGAGUACUAUGCAGCAGUGAAAAGACUUGUUACAAGGUACCACUACCUGUGGGCUCCCAGGUCUGAUCUCUUUUUUUUGUGCAAUGAACUGUGCACUACUAUUAGUGCUGUGGCCGUCCUUCUGAAGACUGAAGCCCAAACUGUCAAGCAUGGUGAAUUUACUCCAACAUUGAAUUGUUGCUCUGUACGCCUUAGUUGACAUUCCUUUGGUCACUGUAAAUGGACUCUGAUGAAGUCAGCAGGGUUUUUAAAGGUGCGUUGCUUGGCCUUUCGUUAUAAAAGCAACUCCACAUAACUCUCAGAUUGCUCACUUAAUGUAUUGUGCCGCAAUGCCUGCACUUAAUAUCAAGGAGGCCUUGCAGGAUUACCAUGCCCUUCCAUAUUGUAAGCAACCAUGGGAAUCCUUUAACUUCGGCGUUGUGUAAAAAAGUGUGCGCCAAAUAGAGAGAUGAGAAGUCCCGAUAUCAGCCCAAGUAUGCAUGGGCUAGCUAUCUAAUGCAUUGGUGGUGACUGUUUCAAACUGAUAUAGUAUGCAUAAACAAAUUUGUUUUUA